GUCAAAAGUACAUAAUUUCCGUCGAACUUGUGGCCAAAACAUGUACAUGACAAAUAUUUUCUUUUGUAUUAGAAUUGUUUCAUUGUUUUUGUCUAAAAUAAUGUGAUUUAAUAUUUGUGUUUACUAAGGUGUAUUUAAAUAGAAAAAGAUGAAGAGCUUGUUGUUUAUAACACUGUUUGUGUUCGGGUCCUACGGCCUCGGAUCUAUAGUGGACAAGGAAUCGAAGGAGAGCACUGAGUUAUCACGAGCGCGGGAUGACCGGCCCCUGUUGUUCGCUACGUUAGGAGGCGGCAUGGUGGCCGUGGAGCCCCACUCCGGAAAUAUUAUUUGGAAACUCAAAGAUGAGCCAGUCGUAAAAGUCCCCAACCAGCAUGACAGCCUCAUGCCCCAGUUCCUGCCUGAUCCCCGUCACGGCUUCCUGUACAUGUACGGGCCGCGGGGCGACCAGCAGAUGCUCAAGAAGAUGCCCCUGACGAUACCGGAGCUCGUGGCCAACGCCCCCUGCCGGUCUACAGAGGGCAUCCUCUAUACGGGGAAGAAGAGUGAUACGUGGUUCAUUCUUGAUCCACUGACCGGUUCACGGGAACAUGUUUCAGGUUUUGACAAGGAAAAGAUUUUCAAUAGCGACGAAGCGGACACGUGUUUUCCGGACAAAAAGCGUGGUAUCUACGUCGCGCGCACAGAGUAUAACAUACUGAUGCACGACUCUAAGCAUGAAGAUCAGAAGUGGAAUGUUACCUUCUUCGACUACUCUUCGCUCGCCAUGGGCAAGGAGAUGAUCAAUGAUUACGGCAUAAUCCACUUCACGUCGACAUCGAACGGUCGCGUGAUGUCCUUCGACCGCAAGACUGGCGACCUGGUGUGGUCGCACCACUUCGAGACACCCGUGGUCGCCGCGUACCUGCUAGACAGGGAGGGACUCAUCUCCGUCCCUUUCAACUCUAUUGGCGAUGACACCCUGGACCACAUCAUGGAGGACGCCACAACUCUUAGCAAUGGACAGGGGAUAAAGAAUUCUAAUAUUGAAUUAUACCCAACAUUGUACGUGGGCGAGCACAACCACGGCCUAUAUGCUUUGUCGUCUUUAGUGGACAAAAACACCAUCACUAUAUCUACGGGACAAACGCAACCAUUACUCCUCGAAGGACCAACGGCCACGGAAAACAAAAACACAGAGAAACCAUACGAGCCCGUUAAAAAUGUACAUUACAAAUUAAACGAUUUGAAUGUGCACGUUUCAGCGCCGUACUUGUUGCUCGGACACUAUAAAGUGCCAGAAUUGACGACAGCCUGGUCGCCCGCAUUGCCAAACACAAACUUUUUAUUCAAAAACGACAAUGAUGCAAUAAAGUUGAUAAACGGCAAAAUAUCAGACGCUGAGAAUGACGUGGAGAAUGAAACAAAUGAGAAUUCUAUGCAAGUGUCUGUGUCUGUGCAAACUGAAGACUUAUUCGAAGGGUUUACGUUCAAUUUUAGGCCUGAUUUGUGGUACAAGCGAGGCUAUAUAUGGCUCCAUCAGCAAGAGAAUAAGGCGCUUAAAGUGGCGCUUAUCAUCUUGGUUGGACUAGUCAUCACCAUGUUUUGGUAUCUCCGGUAUCAGGCCCGCGAAUUCCAACAGCUGUCCCAAGGUGGUUCUCGUGGUUCUAAUUAUUCCACAUCCUCAAGUGGCGAGGUGACCGGCCAGCUGGAGGAGCUAGGAGACGGCGAGGUCAAGAUCGGCCGCAUCACCUUCCGCACCGACCACGUGCUUGGCAAGGGAUGCGAAGGCACCUUCGUCUACAGGGGAACUUUUGACAAGAGAGCGGUAGCCGUGAAGCGUCUCCUACCGGAGUGCUUCACGUUCGCCGACCGCGAGGUGGCGCUGCUGCGCGAGUCCGACGCGCACGCGCACGUGGUGCGCUACUACUGCACCGAGCGCGACAAGCAGUUCAGGUACAUAGCGCUCGAACUGUGCUCGGCGACUUUGCAAGAUUACGUGGAGAAGAAGUUAGAUCACUGCAGGAUAGACUCCGUGGAAGUUCUGCGGCAAGCCACUAUGGGGCUCGCGCAUUUACACUCUAUGGAUAUAGUCCACAGAGACAUAAAGCCGCACAACGUGCUACUCUCCAUGCCGACGGGCACCGGCGAGGUCCGUGCCAUGAUCUCCGACUUCGGCCUCUCCAAGAAGCUGAACAUCGGGCGCGCCAGCUUCUCGCGCCGCUCCGGCGUCACCGGCACCGACGGCUGGAUCGCGCCCGAGAUGAUCAACGGUGAACGAACGACGACGUCGGUAGACAUUUUCUCUCUGGGCUGCGUGUUUUACUACGUGCUGUCCCAGGGACAGCAUCCUUUCGGCGACGUGCUCAGGCGACAGGCCAAUAUACUCACUGGAGAUUAUAAUUUGGAACAGCUAGAUAAAGUAUUGCCGAAUGAAGAGGUUUUGGUCACUAAGAUCCUGAUCCGCGCGAUGAUUUCCGCGCGGCCGCACGCUCGCCCGCCGUGUGAGUCUGUGCUCAAGUACCCAAUGUUCUGGGGGAAACAGUCUAUUCUUAACUUCUUGCAGGACGUGAGCGACCAAGUGGAGAGCCUCGGGCCGUCCGCGACGGCGCACCCGCUGGAGACGGGCGCGGCGCGGGUGGUGCGCGGCGACUGGCGCGCGCGCGUGUGCGGCCGCGUGGCCGCCGACCUGCGCGCGCGCCGCACCUACCGCGGCGACCGCGUCGCGCAUCUGCUGCGCGCCAUACGGAACAAGAAACACCACUACAGAGAGCUGGAGCCCGAAAUAAGAGAAAGCCUGGGCAAAUUGCCCGACGGUUUCAUCACGUACUGGCUGCAAAGGUUCCCGCUGCUCCUGCCCCACGUCUGGAUACAGAUGCAGCGGUUUCGGCAGGAAGACAUCCUCCAGGACUACUACCCUCACUCCUACACCUUCAGCAGAACGGACGUGGCCGAGCUAGACGACCGGUACGAAGAGGAGCUACCCCCCGCCCUCUGCGAUCCAGACACUAAUGAACUAUUCGUAAAAAGCAAAGUUUAUUUUGACGAGAGCAAAGACAGGAAGAAAGAAGGUUCCCCGAGAAAAAUUGUCGACUGGAGGAGCAGUGAUUAUAGGAAACAAGACGAUGUCCGGUUAAGAGAUAGGCAUUACAAGAAAAAAGAGAAGAAGAGAGAGGAAAUGCCCGUAUGGAGCUUGCCGCCCCAGUAAUAUUUAUAUUUAUUUAGCACAAAUAAUGCAAGUUUACUAUUAUUGUGAUUUAUUUAUUGAUUAUGAAGAGGAUUUUAAUAUAUUGUAAGUAAGAAAGUUAUAAUAGUGUUGUAAGAUCUCUUGUGACUUAAUUUAAGGUUUUUAGAUUUUUUUUCAGUGACAGAGGAUUGAAAAUGGAUGAUACGAGUAUUAGGGACCAAAAUGGGAAUAGACCCUAAAGUAACUAAAGUUAUUGCAUUCUUUAGGUCAGAAGCUGUCUGGGACAACACUUAAAGUCUAUUUAUAACGCUUGAUUAUGCGUCUAGGCUAUCUUAGUCUACCUUUUGAGUUUUAUUGAACUGGACAGAUUGCCCAGUUGUAUACUUUUAAGUACGGUACGAGGCCGGUUUUAUGAAAGCUUGUUACUUGUAGUAUACUUUAGGGCGGUAUUUCAUCUGUCCAAUGUUAUUGCGUCUACAUCUGCAGGAAGCCGUACAUAUGGCGGGUGACAGAAGCCUAUGGAAGAGACUGGUCAGCAACAUUAGGACAUGAUGUCACGAUCCUCAGCAUUGAGGGAACGACUGAUGAUGAUGAAUGUUAUUGCGUCUCACUUUCUCAUUUAAGCAAAAUGUGAGCCAAAAUACACAUUGGACAAGUGGAAUACCACCCUUUGUGGAAAUCUCUUUUAAAAUUUAGACUUUUAAAUAUUACAACUUGUAAGUUUUCAUGAAUCGGUCCCAGUCAAAUUUUUUGUUGUCACUAUUAUUGCUAAGUUAAUGAAAUUAUCUACACAUUUUCCUAUAGCUGUCUUUUGACAAACAUUCCUGAUAUUAUAUUUUUAAUUUGUUGUAUUUAAAGGUUAUGUGCAAGUCAUGAUGUGUUUGUGUGUGUGUCGGAAUAUGUGUUGAACCUGUUGUUUAUAGCUUGACUAUUUGUCAACUUUGCACUAAUCCUUUAAAAAGAAACUCGCAAAACUAAAUUUAGUAUUAGUACAAAAUGUACCAAAUGACAAAUUAAAGGUGGUGUUCAAAUUAAUAUUUGGUUAACGGUUGAACACUGGGAUUUCUAUAGGUGAAAUCACACCUACUUUACUACAUAAGGAUGUACAAUCUAGUUUUUUAUUCUUAAGUAUGUAUAUAUUGGCCGAGGUGCUAUAUACAUUAAUAAAGGUAGGUAUGCAAAUCAGUAAGGCUCGAUAUAAAUGUAUAAAAAAUGUUUUUAUUUAGUUUAAUAUAGUGAAUAAUGUUCCUGUAUUACUUAUACAUAAUAACAUUAAUAACAAAUACCUAAUGCAUAAAUUAUUCUUUAAAAAUAUAGGCAGUAAAAUAUUUUUUCCGUGGAUGAUGUUAAUAAGUUGAGACAUGAAAAUAAUAGUUAUUUGUUUUACAAGGGGGCAAAGUUGUUGUUUAACCGCUCGUGCUAAUAUUGAUACCCGAGCAUGCGAAAGAUACCAAAAUUGAACCACGAGCGUAGCGAGUGGUUCGAAAAUGGAAUCUUGAGCGUUGCGAGGGUUUGAAAGCACGAGGGUUAAACAAAAUUUGCCCCCUAGUGAAACACAAAAUUUUUCACCACACCAACUCGAAGCAAAUAUUAAAUGUAAAAUAUCAAACAAAAUCAAAUCAAAUCCAAAUGAAUGUUAUUAAAUAUUUAUCAUCCUAAAUCAUCAUUUAAAAGUCAAUUCUACCAGCAACCAUAAGAAAACAACUCAAAAUUUGCAUUUGAUUACUUUGCCUCACAUGUGAAUAAAAUGCAACUUUGCUAUCAGUUUUUGAAGUGCAAAGUAAGCCUUUCCGAGCUGGUGUGGUGAAAACAUUUUUUAAUAUACUACGUCGGUGGCACACAAGCAUUACGGCCUGAUGGUAAGCAGUCACCGUUGCCUAUAGAUGCCUGCAAGUCCUUAGAUGUUACAUGCGCGUUGCCGACCCUAACACUUCGCACCCUCGUUGAGCUCUGGCCACCUUGCUCACCGACAGGAACAAAACACUCCAAUAAUUUAUACAUGUAAGGCCCAGACAUACAAAUGAAAAAUCUAGAAUUUGCCACUGAAUUUUGAACGUUAGUGCAGGGAAUAGAGUUGAUUUUGGUUUUGUUUUAAAAUUGAAAGAAACAAAAGAAAUGCGACUCUUUUCCAAUUGAAUACGAUUGAAAUUUCAUUGAACUGAAUAAGUACUAUAGGUAGGACCU